GCGAAGGUUCAACGAAGCAAUGUGAUCAAGUAACGAGUAUAAAUACAACACCAUAGUAGUUAAGUCGUUUCCAUGUCAACAAGCCUUAUGUAAGCUCCUUGGAGAUAACAAAAUACAACACUCUAUAGGAUCAGUCCUGUGAUCAAAGCUCAAUGGAUGCUAAGAAGGCGGUAACGAUAGUGUUCUGCAACGCCGUCGUUUUGCUCCUCGCCACCGUCGCCGCCCAAGCUUGUCUCCCCUCCGACAGAGCGGCGCUUCUCGAGUUCCGAUCACACCUCAACGAGCCUUACAUCGGCGUAUUCAACUCGUGGAAAGGCCAAGACUGCUGCCACGGCUGGUACGGCGUGAGCUGCGACCCCACCAACCGCCGCGUCUCCGCCGUCACCCUCCGCGGAAUCUCCGAGGAGCCGAUUUUCCAGCGCGCGAAACGGAAAGGCGUCAUGACCGGCUCCAUCUCCCCGGCGAUAUGCGAACUCGCUCAGCUCUCCGGCGUCACCCUCUCCGACUGGGAAGGAAUCUCCGGCGCGAUUCCCGCCUGCAUCACGAACCUCCCCGCCAUGAGACACGUAGACCUCGUCGGAAACAAAAUCUCCGGCGAGAUUCCGGCGAACAUCGGGAACCUCCUGAAGCUGACGGUUUUAAACCUCGCCGAUAAUCGGAUCUCCGGCGCGAUUCCGCCGUCGAUCGCGAGGCUGCCGAGCUUAACGCAUCUCGAUCUGAGGAACAACGGUUUAACCGGAGUCAUACCGGUAUACAUCGGCCGGCUAAAGAUGCUGAGCCGGGUUCUAUUAAGCGGUAACAAACUCUCGGGUCAAAUACCCGAGUCUCUGACCCGGAUCUACCGGUUAGCGGAUCUCGAGCUCUCGAUGAACAGGAUCACAGGCCCGAUCCCGCCUUCGUUGGGGAGAAUGUCGGUGCUCGCGACGCUUAAUCUCGACGGGAACUUGAUCUCGGGGGAGAUCCCGGGGAGUCUGAUGACGUCAUCGAUCUCGAAUUUGAAUUUGAGCGGGAACCUUCUCGGUGGGAAGAUACCGAACGCGUUUGGGCCGAGGUCGUACUUCACGGUGCUGGAUCUCUCGAACAACCGUUUGCAGGGGGAGAUUCCGGAGAGCAUCACUACGGCGUCGUUUAUUGGGCAUUUAGACGUGAGUCAUAACCAGCUGUGUGGGAAGAUUCCGGCGGGAUCUCCUUUUGAUCAUCUAGAUGCGACGUCGUUUGGUUAUAAUAGGUGUCUGUGUGGAACGCCUCUUGGGGACUGUGGGAAAUAAUUAAACUAAUCAUUAAGAAUUAUAUUUUGGGGAAAUCAAAGCUUAAAUACAAUUAUUUAUGAGUGUGCGAGUGUAACUACUAGCCGCUUGAAAGGGGCAAGGCAAUAUAUAUAUCCGCAUUUGGUGUUUUUCUUUU